UGCCCCGGGAGCGCGUGCGCGCGCACGCGCGUGAGCCGCCGUGGCCGGCGGAGGAAAAUGGCGGCGGAGCGCUGAGGGACGGGACAGGAGCGCGCCGGGACAGCUGAGCCGUUCGCCGCCCGCGGGCCGCGCCGCACCGCUCCGCCCCGCUGAGGGACCCCCAUGGCCGCGGGGACAUCCCGCCACCCGCGUCCCUGUUGCGUCUUCUCCGGCCGCGCAGCUCCCGGGCCCCGCUGAGUGCCCAGGCCUGACCCGUUGGGCCUGACCCGCCGCCGCCCCGAGGCGUCUGCGCCGGGCAGGGGCCGGGAGGGGAACGGAGGCAGCGCCCGCCCGGCCCCAGCCCGGCCCACGGAGGAGCAGCAGCCUUUUCUGGCCCAGCCCUCCCCAUCCCCGCCGUCAGGAUGUCCGAGAACCAGCCGAACGCCAACAACCACCACCCGGCCAACAACGCCGGGGCCGCCGGCGGCAACAACCGGGGCGUCCGCAACCCCAACCUCAACCAGAACCCCCUGAUCAACGUGCGCGACCGCCUCUUCCACGCGCUGUUCUUCAAGAUGGCAGUGACCUACGCGCGCCUCUUCCCUCCCUCCUUCCGCCGCGUCUUCGAGUUCUUCGUUCUUCUCAAGGCUCUCUUUGUGCUCUUCAUCCUGGCCUACAUCCACAUCGCCUUCUCGCGCUCUCCCAUCAACUGCCUGGAGCACGUGCGGGACAAGUGGCCCCGUGAUGGCAUCCUGCGCGUGGAAAUCCAGCGCAACUCCAGCCGGGCCCCCAUCUUCCUGCAGUUCUGCGGCGUGGAGAAGUUCCCAGGAAUGGUGGUUGAGUCCACGGCUGAGGAAGAGGAGGAGGAAGAGGAGGAAAUGACUGUGGAUAUGUUUGAAAACAGCUCCAUCAAGUUUGAGCUGGAUAUCGAGCCCAAGGUGUUCCCAUCCCGGGUGAGCAGCAUUGAGCUGCCCCACAACGACAGCCAGGAGUUCUCGUUUAGUGACGCAGCCACUAAAGGUAUGCAGCCUCUGCGGGAGACUGUGUCCGAGUUUGAGAUGCUAGCCCGAGCAGUGUGGCCACAGGAGGAGUACAUCGUGGAAUAUUCCCUGGAAUACGGCUUCCUGCGCCUGUCCCAGAGCACGCGGCAGCGCCUCAGCAUCCCCGUCAUGGUGGUGACCCUGGAUCCUACCAGGGAUCAGUGCUUUGGGGACAGGUUCAGCCGCCUGCUGCUGGACGAGUUCCUGGGCUACGAUGACAUCCUGAUGUCGAGCGUCAAAGCUUUAGCUGAAAACGAGGAGAACAAAGGUUUCCUUCGUAACGUGGUGUCUGGGGAGCAUUAUCGCUUUGUCAGCAUGUGGAUGGCCAGGACGUCCUACCUGGCAGCCUUCGUCAUCAUGGUCAUCUUCACUCUCUCUGUCUCGAUGCUGCUGCGCUACUCACACCACCAGAUCUUUGUCUUCAUUGUUGACCUGUUACAGAUGCUGGAGAUGAACAUGACCAUUGCAUUCCCUGCUGCUCCACUCCUCACUGUAAUCCUGGCUCUGGUCGGUAUGGAGGCCAUAAUGUCUGAGUUCUUCAAUGACACCACCACCGCGUUCUACAUCAUCCUCAUCGUGUGGCUGGCGGACCAGUACGACGCCAUCUGCUGCCACACCAACACCAGCAAGAGGCACUGGCUCAGAUUCUUCUACUUGUACCACUUUGCCUUCUACGCCUACCACUACCGCUUCAACGGGCAGUACAGCAGCCUGGCACUUGUCACCUCCUGGCUCUUCAUCCAGCACUCAAUGAUUUACUUCUUCCACCACUACGAGCUGCCAGCCAUCCUACAGCAGAUCCGGAUCCAGGAGAUGCUGCUGCAGAACCAGCAGGUCGGGCAGGGCACCCAGACCACGCUGCAGGACAACCUCAACAACAACACCACGGCCGCCCCGGUGGAGGCCGGGGCCCGCCGAGCCCCGCUGGCCCCCGGGGCCCCCGGCGAGGGCGGCGCCCCGGCCGCCCUGACCCCCGGCGAGGCCUCCAGUGUCAUCGCCGCCGCCGCCGCCUCCGUGGGCAGCGACCUGAACUGGGUGGCCGAGACGGCCGCUAUCGUGACAGAGGCCUCGUUCCUGUCUGACCUGAGCACCUCCCUCCUGGAGCCCACCGUGGUGCACGAAGCCGUGGCCAACGGGAGCCCUCCAGAGGCGGCCGCAGCCUCGGGGUUGGUGGCCCGCAUCAGGGUCAGCAGCGACCACCCGGAGACGGCCGUGGGCUCCAUCACCAUCGAGGUCACCUCGACGUCCGUGGUGGCUGCAGCGGAUGCUGCCCCUGCUGCUGGGCCUGCACCCCUGGCUCCACUGCAGGAGGGGGCGGCCCCCAGCCCCUCCCUUCCCAAGCAGACUGAGGCCCUCGAGGGCUCAGAGAGCCGAGCAAAACCCAGCGGCAAAAACUGCACGGGCAGCAGCAGCAGCAGCGUGGCAGAGCCCCUGCCAGCCUCGGGGGGGGACAGUGACCAGGACAGAGGUUUGGAGGACCGGGCACAGAGCAGCCCCUGCCCAGCACCAGCAGAGAGAACGCCCAGCUCAGAGCCGAGCUCCAGGAACCUGUCCUGAGCCCCGUUGCUGUCACUCUGGACUGCUGGGAAGGCAUUUGGAUUUUGUUUGUUACUAUUUCUCACUUCACCAUCAUCCUUAACCCGUGGAUCCCUCUGAGCAGAGCUGGAGCAACUGGGACAGAGCAGGGCUGCAGUGACCUCUCUCCCCUAGGAAAGGCACGGGGGGCUGUGGGAAGGAUGGUGGGGUUUGGUCCCCUGGCCCACACGGCUCCAGGACUCCUCUGAGGCCACAGGUGAGCCAGCCACCUGUUCCCACCUGCCCUGCUUGUUUUCUGCCUUUUCCUUGUCCCCAGCUUUGCCCCUGCAGCUGUGUUUGCAGUCCAGGUGCUGAUUCCAGGUGGGAGCUGACCUGGGACAGGCCAGAGGGGUGGCAGCUUUGUGGUUAGAGUAGGAGUGGAUAGAACAGGCAGAGAGUGUCCAGCCCCUGUGGGAGAGCCACAGAGGUGAAUCCUGGUCGCCUUUCCUGCUCCUGAGGGAGGAGGAGCUUGUACCUUCCCCAGGCACAGUCUGCCCAGGCCAGGGCACAACCAAAGCAGAAAGCUGCAGUUCAGCCCCCUUUUUUCUGUCCUUAAACUUCCCUUGGUGGGUGGCUUGGCAGGUGGAAGGUGCUGUGUCCAGGUGGGAGCUGCCAUCCCAGGAGUGAUGCUUAGAGAGCUGCAGUGGGUGUCUGGAGAGGUGUGGGGUGAGGGCAGCAGCUCUGUCCUGCACAGCUCUGCUCUGGGUGAGGCAGCUGCUUUCCAGUGCCUUGUCCCUCCCGUGGGACACGUCUGUGUUUAGGAUCAGCCCCAUCCCAGAGGAGAGAGUGGCUCCUCAUGCCUGGUCUGUUGCAUGAGCUGGUUUAGCAAAAAACCAAAAUACUAAAGCCAAGACAUUUCAGCUGGUUUUCCCGUGUUUCCCUGGCAGAGGCUGAGCUGGGGGGCUGCCUGUGGACCCCUGCAGAAGGGCCAGAGCCAUGCCAGGAUGUGCUAGGAGGGUUUGUGCAGGGAGCUGGAGCAGAGCGAGGCGGGUUGAAGCUCUGGGAGAACCAUGGUGGGACAGGGCAGGGACAUGUGGGCACUUUGCUCUUGGGGACAGCUGGGUCCCUGCACAGAUGUCCCCGAGUUCAGUAUUGUCCCCUUAUGGCUGAGCAGUGUCUGGAGUCCAUCUCUCUCGGAGGGCUCCAUUUCAGUGUUACCUUCUCAACACGGGGGGGCUCAGAGCCCCCUCUUCACCCCUCUGCCUUUCCCACCUGGGUGCCCCCUUUUUGUUUUUACUUUUUUACCUGGAGCAGCUGUAGUGCUGCCCCAGGGCAGGGGCGAUCCUUCUGUGACCAGCAGGUCAAAUCUUGCUGCUGCCAGCACUCCUGAGGAGGCGCCUUGUGGCCAACUGGCUCCCAGCCUCUGGAGUGCCAGCAAUGACCCGAGGCUUUUCAGAGGAGUGGGUGGGAGGGGAAGGGGGGACACCAAACCAAAUGAUUUGAUGAAUGAAGAGUAGAGUUCAUUCUAUUUAAUUAAUGUACAAAAUGUGUUUGUAUAUAAUAAUAAAUAUUAUCUCUUAACA